UCAUUGGACACUCUUGUCUUGUAAAAAUCAAUAUGGCGCUGCCCAUGGAAGAAGAAAAUCUUCACAGCAAAAUUUAAAUAUUAUGUCUUAAGUUCAUUAAAGAGCAGCAUGAAGGGUAAGGGCAAGGUUGUUCAGGACAAGGACUGUCCUCUUCAGUUUCCCGACUUGUUGCCUGUCGAUCACGUGAAGGAAUGUCUGAAAUACACAGCAAUCUUGGCGCGGUCGGAGGAUGAGACGGUUUCCCUGGAUGAGGUCAAUCAGUUGCAGACGGACAUUGAGACCCUGCUGGCGAACGCUGGGAAACGUCUCAAGCUGCUAGAGGGCGAGAUCCAGCUGCUUGUCAACUGGCAGGACAAGAAGGACAAGAAAGGCAUUGUCACACCUUCAGAACCUGUCCCUGGCAAAAGGGGGAAGGGGGCCGCUGAUGAUAAGCCAAACAAGAAGCUGAAGGAUUCUAGCGGCAAAGCAUCACAGUUAACACCGCCCCCACCAAGCAGACCCAAGAGUAAAAAUAUGCAGAACAAAGUUCUCGACUAUGACUUUGUUGACUCUCCCGUGGAACUGCCGAAGUUGCCGAAGAAUGAUGCUGUUAAUAGAUUCUGGACGUCCGUCGAGCCAUACUGUGCUGAACUCACCAACGAUGACCUCAAAGUGCUCGAUGAUUUGUUGAAAGCUCACGAAAACGAUUCCGAAAGUUUUAAAAUUCCUCCUCUAGGAAAACACUAUUCCGAGAAAUGGGCUGAGGAAGACAUGUUGGAGGAACAACGGGAAGGUGCAAAGAUCAAUGACAAGAGGAAAAAUAGUAACCAUAGCAAUUCAUCGCUUGGUAUGCAUGAUGCGACCACAUUGUUGAAGAAGGCUGAAUCCAUAAGCAUGGAAGACUCCCCAUUUGGUCCUUUGACUCAGCGCCUUGUGGCAGCACUGAUAGAGGAAAACAUCAUGGCACAUAUCGACGAUUCCAUGAACGAAAAUGGUGGAAAAGACAUUUUUUCAGACAGUGCUGACGAAGCCCCGGCAAUCUCUCCCCGAACUCUUGCCAAGCAGCUGAACAUCGGAAACCCGAUCCAUUUAGAAAAACGCAUUAAAAAGGAAUUGGAAGAACAAGGCAUCAUUGAUGUUGAAGACCAACCAGAAGACGACCCCGAUGAUGAGAUCCUUGCCGAGAUUAAAGAAAAACAGCAGGAGUUACGGGCCCUGCAUGAACGGAAUAUUGGCGUGAUAAAGCAGCUCAUCAAAAAGGCCAAGGAGGAAAUGUCGAGACAAGAAAUGAGGAAGAAACUAGUCGCUGCCGAUUCCGAGGUGAUGGAAGCAUAUAGAAAAAUACAAGCAGCUCGACAGAAAAAGAAAACUCCCACAAAAAAGGAAAAGGAUGCAGCAUGGAAAGCCAUAAAAGAAAGAGAUGCAAUAAUUAAGACUCUGGAGCUCUGACUGUAGAUGUAUGUCGCCAGAGCCUUUGAAGUUGACACCACCUACUUGGUGUUGUUGGAGAGUUGGCAAAAUAUUUGUGAAACUCUUGGCAGAAUGUCUGUUGACGCCACAGAGAUUUAUGGUGCAUAUAGGUGUGAGAUAUAGGGAAUCUUAACAGGAAUGGCCUUGGAGAAUUUCACACAAAACAGUUCUAUCUCAAAGACUGGGAGCUCUUUGUCCCCAACAUUAUUUUCUUGCCUACACAAUUAUAUUUAAAUCUUAGUUACGUAUAUGUUUUGCAGCCAAAAUAUUUUUUUUAAUUUUUAAAAUGUACCGUAAAAAUAUAGCAACAAAUAUUAAAUAUAAUUGUGAUAAUCUUAAAAUAAGUUGUUACAAUAUUCUAAAAGAAUGUUUUAACAAACAUUCAAAUAAACGUUGCACAUAGAUGCUAUUAUCAAAUGUUUAUUAAUAGCACAGUUUGAGAUGUCUAUUUUGUAAUAUACUCUCAAAAUACAUGCCCAGUUUACUUGCAUGGGAUAGAACUCUCACCUUUACAGGUACUGUGUCAUUGAGAUAUGCCAAGCUCACCUGUAUGAGAUAAAUGAAUCUCAUAUUUAUUGGUACAGUAUGGUCAUGUGUGUUUGUACAAGAUAAAUUCAUCUUACAUUCACAGGUACAGCUCUUUGAUGUUAUACAUAUGUACGAUUCCCUAUUUGUAUGGUUCUGUUACACACUGUAACAAAAACAUGUUUAAAGUCACAUUUCUAAGUAAUGUGAUCAGUUCAUUGCUGUUGGUACAGGUAUGUGGACAGCUACGGUAUAAUCUGCAUUAAAUUAAGAACAUUUUGUAAAUCAUUUUUUUUAUGGAAAACAUUUAUAUAAAAUAGUGUUGUACAUGAAAAAAGAAGACACCUUUAUUAAUGUCAUACUGCACUCAUAAUGUUCCUACAUAACAAGUAUGUGUAUUAAAUUAUGAAUAAAAUGGAACAUUAAACUCUU